AAAAACCAAAAUAUUGUCAAAGAGCGUGUGCCUUAGAAGAAGCAAAUAAGUCUUUGAUUUCCCUGAUAAAAUAAAAUAAAAUUAGGGUUUGUAUCUUUCUUGUAAAAAAUGGCUGAAAUAACAAAGAUCCAAACUUUUCUUGAAACAGAUGAAGACCAAGAUAAUGAUCUUGUCAACAUUGACCACGAAGAAGAAUACUUUCCGUACACCUUCAAUUUUCAUCCAUUUUUCACCCCUUCUUCUUCAUCUUCUCAAAAUCAUCAGGUAAUUUCAAAGUCAUCAUCUUUUUCUUCUUCUUCUUGUUGUUUGUCUGAACCAGAAUCAGAAACCCAUUAUCCAGAUUGUUUGUUUUGUUAUGAUGAUGAUAAUAAUAAUGAUGAAUUUGAUCAAAUGGAUUAUGUUACUGAUUUAUUUCAAGAAACCCGAUUAUCGGUUAAUAAUAAUAAUCAUGAUGAUGGUGAUCAUGAGUUAGAGUUAGGGUUAAGGGCUACUGGGAUUGAAUCUGAAUCUGAUAUAGAGGAGUUAACCGAAGUUAACGAUGAAAACAACGAUACCCAUGUUGUGAAUUUGGAUCAUUUUUGGGAAUGCCCGUCUUUCGAUGCUGAUAGGAUUGUUGUUCAUGAACGUAACGAACAAGAGGGGUUGAGUUCGGUGAUUGAUAGGAUUGAAGAGAUACCAGCUUCGUCUGGGAUAUCGUCUGAUGGUGAUGCUUCGGUUGGGGCUUUUGAGUGGGAGUUUUUAUUGGCGGUUAAUAAUUUGGAACGAGAUUUAGAUUUGGAAACGGAUGUGGGUGAGGGUGGUGGUUUUGUAUACACACCUGAAUUCGAUACGUUGAUUGGCCAGUUUGUGGAGACUGUUAGAGCGUUGAGAGGGAGUCCUCCAGCUGCUAAAUCGUUUGUGGAUAGUCUUCCGUGUGUGGUGUUGAAUGACGAUCAUGAGAUUUGUGCGGUUUGUAAAGAUGAGAUUUUGAUCGAGGAGAAAGUGACUCAGCUUCCUUGUAGACAUCAUUAUCAUGGUGAGUGUAUUGUUCCGUGGUUGAGUAUACGUAAUACGUGUCCUGUUUGUCGGUUUGAGUUGCCUACAGAUGAUGUUGAUUAUGAGAGAAGCAAGAACAGAGAGAACGAUGAUGAUGAGUUGCGAGUUGGGUCAGGUUUUGAACUUUCACCUUGACAAUAUAGUUUUAGUACUUUAUAUGAUAUAAUAUCUGUAAAUAGUUUUAUGCUAGUUUUGUUGUAAUGCAAAAGAUUGCAUUCCUUCUGUAUGUGGAGCGUGGAGUGUUUUAUAUUUCUAAAUUUUAAAAAUGCUCGUGUUAAUCAAUGUUGUUAUUUAUAAUAAAUGGAAGUUUAUGCAUCGUUGAUUUCUGUCUGAUUCUAAA